AUGUCUUUGGACAUCGCCAAUUCCACAUUCAAUGGUGCAGCACGGACGGAGAAGAACGAAUCGGGCGGGUUUUUGGCAAGGCGCUUGGGUGAUCCUGUCGACCUGAGUCGCCGCCUAUUAGAGGCAGGAGAUAUAGAACCCAACCCGGGGCCGAAGUGGCCAUGUGGCUUCUGCAACAAGGAAGUCAAAAACACAGGAUGGUCCAUCAAAUGCGUAGACUGUCUCCAGUACAUACACAGAGAAUGCUUGGGAUGGAGUGUCAGAGAGAUAAAAUCCUACGAUGGAUACAGAUGGCACUGCGGUUGCGACCACCUGAAAUCAAACACCGCGGACCCCAACCCAAUCAGACCACGAACUAAGGAAGGUCUAAAAAUCAUCCAGUUGAAUGUAGAUGGAUGGCGCGGGAAAGGGGAUGUGGUAAAAAAGCUAGCGUACGAUACGCAAGCGGACAUUCUAGUCCUUCAAGAAACGAAACUGACCGAGAAGGCCAAAGUUCCGAACAGCGGCGACUGGGUUGUAUUUAGAAAGGACCGCACUGUCCACCAAACGGAAACUACCAACGAAAGGGCACAAGGAGGCGUAGCAAUCGCUGUUAGGCCGGGGCUAGAAUGUAAAGAAAUCAGCCUAAGUAUGCCUUUAACCGCAGUUCUAGAGACAGUCAGCAUAGCUGUGAAAACUGGCAAUUCGUGGCUGGAAAUUCAUAAUGUGUACCGACCACCAGCAAAAUCCGGACAAUAUGAUCAAAGAGACUCAAAGCCAUACCUGGACAAAUGGCCAUGCGGCAGUAACUCCAUCAUAUUCGCGGAUAUGAAUGCCCAUGGAAGCUGGGACCGGAACAAAGUCGAGGACAAAAUUGGCGAAGAAGUGGACGAAUGGCUAAUCAAUAAGGACAUGUGCCUGCUUAACAGCGGAGGGGCAACAAGAGUUGCGAAAAAUGGAUCAGGGACAGCACCCGACAUUACAGUAGUGCACUCAUCCAGAGCUAACCACUGUAACUGGACCACAAUAGACUCGGUAGGGUCCGACCAUUUGCCAAUUCUGAUAUCCUCUUGCAACAAGGUCAGUAAAGUUCGAACCCGACCAAACCUUAACAUGAAGAAAGCCGACUGGCCGGAAUUCGAGAGGCUACUAGAACAAUCUCUAUCCCUGCCGGAGGACUUCAAGUCCCUUGAAGCUUUGGAAAAAUUAUUUGCUAAAGCAAUAAUGAACGCAGCUAAAGGAUCUAUUCCGGUAACCACUCGAAAAGAUUGCAAACCAUGGUGGACCAAAGAGUGCGCUGUUGCGAAGAAAAGUAUGAAUAAUAUACAAAGACAGCUUAGGAAAUCCCCUGGCGACGAUCUUCUCAUUUCGGCAGCCGAGGAAGCUUCUAAGGUGUUCAAGAAAACGAUAGAGGUCAGUAAACGCGAGGCGUGGAGGAAAUAUGCAGCUGAACUCAGCCCGCGGGACCCGACCACAAAAGUUUGGAACACCCUCAGGGCCAUGGACGGCAGAAAAAAAGAGCGGCUCCCAAAUACUCCUGUUGAUUACGGAGGUAAAUCCAUCACGGCCGACAGGGAGAAAGCAAAAGUUGCUUGUAAGACGUAUGCUUCGGUUAGUAGAGUGACAGUCAAAAGGGAAGAUUCGAAACAAGCAUACUUGACCCUACGCGAAGCAAUUAAGUUAAAUUGGGACUCGGAAAUCAACGAGUCAUUUUCCAUAGCCGAAUUAGGAGAAGCAUUAAGAAGUCUUAAACCCAAAAGUGCGGGCUCCGAUGGAGUGCAUCCGCUAAUGCUCAAGCACCUUGCUAAUGCUCAAUGGGGAGAAGGGAAGGGAAUAUCUACUCUAUUUGGUUAA